AUGGAACGUCGAAGGGAUCCGUACGAUGGCAAGACACAGACACUUCAGGAGAUGGUGAAGAAGUACCAAGGUACCUACAGUAAAUCUGAAGUGGAAUCCUACUUCGAAUUUGAAUGCACGGCGGUCACGGCGGUUGCAUCAGUUCCUGCAUCUGCUCCAGCCCCCAAGGCUGCCAGCAAUGAGAUUGAGGGCUUACGUCACUGGCUUAAAGAGAAAGGCCGAGAAAGUCAGUUUGACCAAGUAAGUAGCUGGUGUGAGGAGAACGGAGCCGUUUUACUGGAAGAGGUCCAAGAGAACUGGGACGACAUCCUGCAAGAACUAAAAGAUCUUCCGGCAAAGGCAGCAGAGAUGCCCAGCAUUGCCGGGCUCGAAGAAUGGUUGGAGGAGAUGGGCCUCGAGCAACAUCUGGAAGAUGUCUUGGAAUGGUGUCAAGAAAACCAGGUGAAGCUUUUGAAGCACAUUAAGGUGAAAUGGGAAGACAUUCUUCAAGACCUGAAAUUAAAAAUUGCUAAGGCUGAACUGCCUGGCACGAAGGUCUCCGUUGAAGUGUUAGUUGGGAAAUGGCAAGGGAGCUACAUGGCCCAUGUUUUGAACGUCACAGAUGCUGGGAUUCGCAUUAAACACCUGGAGGAUGAUUUCGAGGAAACGCUGCCCUUGGAUGCCCUGGGUGGUGGUAAAUAUUUGUUGAAACCCGUGGACUCGGAUGAGGAGGAGGAAACUAGCCAGGUCAAAGAUUUGCUUUGGAAAGGAUGCCUCUCUGUGGAGAUUGGCUCCGGAGCGGGUCUGGAACUGCGCUGGGUAAAGCUUGGCUAUGCUGUGGACCAGGUCAGCCCGAAACCAGGGCAGAAGGACUUGAGUCCUGGCGAUGUAAUUCUAUGGAUCAACGGGAUGUUCCUCAUUGGCUUCGAUGAGGAUACCGUCACAGAUCGUUUCGCUGAAGCCUUCGCCAAGGGGGCACCUUUGGUGGUUGGAAAGCUGAGCACUUUGAUGAAGCACGAGCUGCAGGAUGUGGAAGAAGCAGUGAAGUCAGGCGUCAUCUCUCAGAUGUUGGUCUUUCGUCGCGCUUUCGAAUCCGCAGCGAUUCGAAGCUUUGACGACUUCCUCCACAAUGUCAGCACUACACGCCUGGCGGCACCGUUCUACAUCGUGGCGGCCGGCCCGAAAGCGCCUCAGGGCGUGGCCGUGGCGCGCAACCUCUUGGCCUCAGACGGCACGGACUGGCUGCCGAAGGAUGACUUCUAUCUUUGCCAGUGCAACACUGACAGGUGGCUGCCGGACGACGUGGAGGACCCCCGGCGCACGGCGGCCGAGACGCUGCUGCGGCGCUUGGGGAAGGAGGAGCCACCCACCAUGACGGGUCUCUUUGCUGUGGUCUCGGCCUAUCCUGUCCACAAUCCGCACACGGCGUACACCGCGGUGAUGUCUGCAGCAACAGGAGAAUUUCAUGCGUAUGUCCGCGAAGCGAGCUGCCCCGUGGACCCUUAUGCGAGUGUGGUGCUUGACAGGCGAUAUUGCCUCAAAAACCCGCAGAACGCUGUGAGCAGUGUGUAG